AUGGCGAAUCUGACUUGCUCAGAUAUACUAAUAUCUCAAGAAGAUAAUGAAAACGAUCUUAGAAUUAUAAUGACGGGAGGUUUAAUUGGACAUUGUUUAACUGACAAUGCAAAGGUUAUUCCAUUUACAAAUGUGGAUGAACUUGGACCCGACCAAAUUAAAUAUCUACAAGAAACGGAUACUGGUAUCAAAAAAAUUGAUGACGAAACUUUUCAAAAUCAAGAGGUUCAUUCACUAAAGUUGGCUGAUUAUGAAAUGGAUGGAAAUGAGAUACCACGUAAAAAUGGAAGUGUGAGUAAAUGGGUUAAUGUCAAAAAUAAAAAUGAAGAAUUUGCGUUCAAGAGUAUCUCUAAUAAAGAGUACCAAAUGAUCAUACAAAAUCAAACUACAAUUCUCAAAAAACUUCAUGAUUGCAAUAAUAUUAUAAAAUUUUAUGGGCUUAUUCCCGAUGGAAAUAAAUGGUAUUUUGUGACUGAAUGGGCUGAAUAUGGAAAUUUACGUGAAUUUUAUACAAACCAUAAAGACCGAUUCAACCUUAUAUUAAAAUUACGUAUAUCUCUUGAUAUUGCUCGUGGAUUAAAUUUUCUAAGUAAUGUAGAGAUUUUUCAUCAUGAUAUUAGAUCUGAAAAUAUAUUAAUUGCAAUUAAUGAGACAGCAAAACUUGCGAAUCGUUCAUUGAACGCAAUUACAUUAAAACAAGACCAAAAUUUAGAACGAGCUCGCUAUUGCGCCCCCGAAUUAUUGAAGAAUUCCAAUGCCAAAUAUAAUAAUAAGUGUGAGGUUUAUAGUUUUGGAAUUUUACUUUGGGAAAUUGUUGAAGAAAAAGCUCCGUAUGAAAAUUAUAAGGAUAUUAUAGAAAUAGGAAAUCUUGUGAGUGAAAAAUAUCGAGAACCAUUUUCUGAAAAUAAUCAAAUUCCAGAAAAAUUCAAAAAUUUGGUAAUUAAUGCUGUUAAUCAUGAUCCAGAAUUCAGGCCAAACAUUAUAGAAAUGCUUAAAGUUCUCAACAAUUGUUUUGAAGAUUCUAAAUCCGAAGCUUUUCAUACAUCAAAUGUUUUACAAAACCAAAGAUCAUCAGAACCUACUCCUACUAUCCCUAAAUUAAUUACUCAUGAUGUAAUGAUAGAAUCAAAAGCUCCAGUGCUUGUUCCAUUUCUAAAAUUUAUUCCCUUAAUUAAAGAAAUUGGAGCUAUUUUUGACGAAAUCAUCGAUGUAGUAGAAGCUGCUGAGCAUAAUAAAAGAACUUGUAAAUUAUUAGAAAACCGAGUUCAAGUUGCAGAUUUAGUCGUAAAAAAACUUAGAAAAGACAAAGAACUUAAUGAGGAAUUUUUUAUUAAUAAAAAUUUUUCAUAUUUACAAGAUUUAACUGAAAUUAUAAGACGAAUUAAAAAAUUUAUAUCAGAAGUUUCUCAAGUGAAAACUUUGGUAAAAUAUAUUAGAGCGAAAAAUAUUGAGAAAACUUUUGCAGAAUUAUGUAAAGAAUUUGAUAGUUCUUUUAACUUAUUGUCUGUUUCUAUUGACGCUAAAAUUUUGGGACAAUUAAAGUCCAUUGACGAUAAUAUUCUUAAACGAUCAAAAUCCAUUGAAGACGAGCUUAAAGAAUUAAAAGCCGAUCAAGAUGAGUUUGCUAAACAUCUACACGAUAUGGUAGCUGGUAUUAGUAUUGACGUAAAGGGCAGUGGAGAUGGCGUAAAAGAUAUUGGAGAUGAUCCGAAAGAGAUUAAAAACUGUUUCAAAGACUUAAGCGAUCAGUUUUCUUCAACUGUUGUAAAAGUCAAUAUAAUGAAUAAUACAAUGGAAAAAUUGAUGUCUGAGCCUUCUCAAAAUCAAAAAAAAAUUGAUAAUAUCUUUCAAGUAAAUCCGCUAAAAAUAUCUGAUUAUAUACAGGAUGAUAAUGAGAAACCACGUGAAAAUGGACGUGUAGCUAAAUGGUUUAACAUAAGAAUUAAAUGUGAAGUCGCUUUUAAAACUAUCUCUGAGAGUGAAGACCAAAAGCUUGUACAAAAUCAAGUUAUAAUUCUUAAAGAACUACAUGAUUGUCAAAAUAUUAUAAAAUUUUAUGGACUUACUUGUGAGGGAAAUAAAUGGUAUUUGGUGACUGAAUGGGCUGAAUAUGGUAAUUUACGUGAAUUUUAUACAAACUAUAAAGACCGAUUCGACGUUGAAUUAAAAUUACGUGUGUCUCUUGAUAUUGCUCGUGGAUUAAAUUUUUUAAGAGCCGUUGAGAUGGUUCACCGUGAUAUAAGGGCUGAGAAUAUAUUAAUUACAUUCAAUGGGACAGCAAAAAUUGCAAAUUUUAAAUUAAGUCGUUACUUAAAUGCAUCUACAUUUAAUCAAAAGCAAAAUUUAGAACGAGUUCGUUAUUGUGCACCUGAGUUGCUGGAGAGAGCUCCAAAUUGCAAAUAUGAUCAAAAAUGUGAGGUUUAUAGUUUUGGAAUCUUACUUUGGGAAAUUGCUGAAGAAAGAAUUCCAUAUAAAGGUAUCGAUGAUAUUGUGGAUAUAACUGAUAAGGUGCGUAAUAAAAUGUAUAGAGAACCAUUUUCUGAAAAUAACCUAAUGCCAGUGGAAUUUAAAAAAUUAGAGAUUGAAGGAUGUCUGAAUAUGAAAACCAUUAGAUAA